AUGAGCAGCGUCGAUUAUAAAGUUAUGUACAACAAAAUGAAAAACGUAACAUCUAGAACACAAAAAAUAAUGGAUUUCGUGAGGUCCGAACAUGAAAAAGAUGAGGGUGCUAUGAACCAAAAUGGGAAUACGGUGGCCAAGGAUAGAGGAGACAUUGAAAUUUGUGAAACUUCCCUACAAACGCCCAAUAUAACAGAUGCAAUUUCUGACAUCGAUGGUCCACAAGAAAUACUAUCUUUUGCCAAAAGCCAAAAUGUGUCAACUACCGAAUCAAAGUCUACUACGGAUGAAAAUGUUAAUGAUGAUCAAGCUCUCUCAUCUACCAAAAUAGCAGCUGAAUAUCCAGUAGAUAAUUAUCCAAUAACUGAACCAGGAUCAGAAUCUGACCACAAAGCAUCGUCAUCAGAUAAUUAUGACCCUGAAAAUGAAUCUUCAAGCAGCUCUUCUAGCUGCUCCACUUGCUCAAGCUCUUCGAGUUCUUCCGAAGACUCAAGUCAAGAAACAAGCAAACUUCCACUAAAGAGGAAAAAGAAAAAUAUUGGAACUUGGAAAAAAAAUAUUAGGAAACAAAAAAGACUUAGAGGCGAGGCAUACAUAAGUGUUAAAAAUAUAGAAAAACCAGCAAGGCCGUUACUAUCACCCCCAUGCGCUGCCAAACCCAAACAUAAAUGCCUCCAAUCUGUUUCAGAAGAGAAUAGGUCAAAAAUUUAUGUGGAAUUUCGACGACUUUCGGCAUUAGAUGAUCAACGGAGUUUUAUAAUUCAUCAUGUUGAACAGAUACCAAAAAAGAGAAUCACGAGAAAUCUUGAAAAUUCCAGAAGGGUAAACACCUGCAAUUAUUUUCUUACCGUUGAUGGACAGAAAAUGAAGGUCUGUCGUGAAUUUUUUAUGUCCACACUUAAUGUAACAGAUUCAUUCAUAAGAAUAUCUUUACAAAAACGAUCUUCUACUGGUAUAGUGGAAAAAGACCGUCGUGGUAAACACACCCCUGCUAAUAAAUUGACUGACGAUUGUUUGCAAAUAAUACGUGACCAUAUUUCAACAUUUCCUGCAGUUGAAUCCCACUACUGUAGAUCCUCAAGUAAAAAAAAAUAUUUGGACCCUACCCUCAACUUGUCCAUAAUGCACAAUAUGUACAAAUCACUAUGCGAAGAAAAAAAUAUUCCCCCUGUUUCACUUGAAAAAUACAGACAAGUUUUCAAAGAAUACAACGUGGGUUUUUUUAAGCCAAAGAAGGACCAGUGCAAGAUAUGUUUGGCACAGAAAAAUAUGACUGGAGAAGAAAAAGAAGCCCAAGAAGAAACUUUCCAACAACACUUGAAAAGAAAGGAAUCGGCACGCAAGACUCGCAAUGAGGAUAAGUUGGAAGCAAAAGACAAUUCUACUUUAUUAGCAUUUAAUUUUGAUCUCGAGGCUGUGCUCACAACUCCGAAAGGAGCUGCUGGACAGAUUUUUUACUUGCGUAAGUUAGCUGUUUAUAAUUUGACUAUUUACAAUAUUGGAAAUCAAGAUGGCAUUUGCUAUCUAUGGGACGAAACUCAGGGAAAGAGAGGUUCAAAUGAAAUCGCUUCUUGUAUUUAUGAGUACGUAUUAUCUAAUACAGAAAUAAAAGAAGUUAGAAUGAUGUCGGAUGGCUGUGGUGGCCAACAAAAAAAUUCAAAUUUUGCUGCUAUGUGUAUGCACCUUAUUUCUGUUCAUCCUAGCUUGAAAAUUAUAGAUCAUAAAUUUUUCGAAACCGGACAUACCGAAAUGGAGUGUGAUUCCAUUCAUUCUAAGAUUGAGCAGAAAGCUAAGCAUGUUCCUGUAUACAUCCCUGAAGGUUGGGCGCAAGUAAUACGAGAUGCUCGAAUGAAACCACGCCCAUUUGAAGUGAAAAGUAGAAGUUUUGAUGAUUUUUAUGAUUUUAAAGAAUAUGCAGCACAAAACUUUGACAUGAGCAAAAUACCAUGGCGUAAGAUUUGCUGGAUACGUUAUCUGAAAUCGGACAAGACAGAAGUGUUUUACAAAAUAGGUUUUGACCAAGAAUUUCAAGAAGUUAACUGCAAAAAGAAGUUUCGCGGGCGGCCAAAAACAGUUGAGCUAAAAAAAGCUUACGAAUGUGAGUUACCCAUUGCGAAGCCAAAAUAUCUGGAUUUACAAAAAAUGUGUUCUGAUUUGACAAUUCCAAAAAUUCAUCACAGAUUUUACAAGUCGCUGAAUUAUUAUAAUAAUAAAAUUAGGGAUAGAUUGCCAGAACCAGACGAAAGCGAAAAUACUGACACAGAUGAAAAUUGA